AGGCGACUGAGUCAAGUAGAUUAACACCGCUCAAGAAAUGCCUGUCUUCCAAAUAAGCAAUAGUGGAUGUAUUCGAGGAGAGCGAAUCGGAUUUAAUCUAUGAAUAAUUCUUGAGUUUAAAAAAAUGAUUUGUAACUUGAUCCCUGUGUUUACUUGGAAGUAAAAACAAAAAACACCACCCCAAAACCCAUUGAUUCCAAUGGGCUUUACUGUCUUCCACGAAGCUGUGGAGUGGACUCGUUUACUCAAGAUGAAUAGUGACCGUAACGGGUAGCAAAUUGCAUUGAACUCAGUGGGAUUUACUUCUAGGAGUGGGCAGGCUGUUAGUAUAUCUCUGUCAAAAACUGUUCGUUUGAGGUUUGCUCUGCCCUGCACCACUGAAGAGGAAUGCUUUUGCAAUGAAUUUUAAGCUGCCUUUAUUAACUGAAACGUAGCAGUAGUGUCUCGGCGUCCAGGGACUACAUUGUUUGCUAGGAAAGGGUUAAAGGCUGGGAGUGUACUUGGAACCCGAGUUUGUUUACCAGCCAGUUUCUCUCUGGCUCAACAGGUUACUUCGGCGACCGCUGUUCUUUGUGACUGGAAUCUAGAGUUCAAGGGAGCCUCUUUGAAGAAUACUCCGUCCUCUCUCAAGCUUCUUCGGCUCUCUGUCGCCCAAAGGUGCCUGCACAAAAUGGUUAGGUGCGGCUUGGCUUGUUGGAGGUGCCGAUGGCUUCUGCCCCUUCUCUUAGGUUUAGCUAUCAUCCUUGGCAUAAUUGCAUUAGCUGGUAAGGGAUGGUUGGAGUCGGAAUCGGAACCCUAUAUACGGCAAGCAUCACUGUGGAGCAACUGCGACCGACAGGCAGACGGUUGGAAUUGCUAUUCCCUCAUGGAUUACAGUUGGGGUAGAGCUGCAGCUGCAACAUACCUGGUUGGAUUUAUCAUCCUGUGCAUCUGUUUCUGCCUAGCAGUCAUAGCAUUUUCCAUUGAAAUACUGAGAUUUAACUUCGUUCGAGGAAUUGGAGGCUUGCUUUUCGUUGCUGCUGCUUUCCAAAUUCUAGGUCUGGUAAUCUAUCCAGUGAUGUUCGUAGAAGAAAUUGAAAUGACUGGGGAUAACAUGUUCAGUUGGGCCUACGGCUUUGGUUGGGCAAGCACUAUUAUUGAGAUAGGUUGUGCAUUCUUUUUCUGCUGCCUGCCUAACUGGGAAGAUGAAGUCCUCGGUAACAUAAAACUUUACCCUGACGACUAUUAUACUACGCAACCCAUAUGAUCUGUCAUUAGAAUGAAAGAUGGUUUGGUGUAAAUAAAACAAUAUUGUUUCUGCUUUGCCAGAAGGAUCCGUGCUUGCAUUGUCAGAUUCUCAUUUGAGACAGAAUUUCUGAAUUGCUAGUUUUGUUCUAAUAAUAAUUAUAUAGAGUCACCCAGUACACUUCUUGUUUGUUUGUUUAAACACUUAUUCAUUUAAAGAUCUGGUGGGAUAAAUUGCAGAAGGAAAAAGAACUUUUCCUGUAUGUUGAUAGAUAAUAUGAGUUCACCUUUAAUAAUUAUUGCAUUUUGUUGUAUAGGAUGAUGUGCCUAUAUGUUGAUGUGCUAGUGAGUAAAAAGAUAUCAAGAAUUUUCAUUAUUACAGUGCAAGACCAGGGCACCAUCUAGAUUUUGUUCUGAGCCCUAUAGUACAGGCUCCUCAUCCAUUAAUAUCAUUCCAGAUUGGAUUUUGAGAAAGUGAAAUCAGUUACCACAAAACAGUGGCUUACACCCAGAGUAAGCCAGCACAGAUGUGCCAAGGAGACAAGUCCGUGCUGCAGGAAGUUCUCCCAGUACUGCUGCACCAGUAUGACAGUGGGUGGGGGAAAUAAAUUUUGAUGCUUUUUACUGCCUCCAGUAGUGCCCUAAGUCACCUGGAAAUAUGCCAGAAUGUAGUGUAGCUUUCAGAGAUAUAUCUUCAGGUGACAUAGGGCACUUCUAGAAGUAGCACAUAGCAUCAAAAUUCACUCCUCCCACUGCAUGACCGAUGCAGCACAGCUACAAAGGCUUUCUGAAGUUUCAGAAGCAUCUCCUAGUGUGUCUGCAUUGACUUCCUCUAAAUGUCAGCCAGUGUGUACAAGUAUGCUUCUACCCAUGUAUUCAGCCUGUUUCCUGUGCCAACAACAUUAUAUAUUAGUGGGGCUUGCCUUGGGAACAAUGUUUGGAGGAUUAUAACAUUCAACUAGUUAUUAGGAUUACAAUAGACUAAGCAGUAGAGGAUUUUACAACUUCCCUUUUUUGUUAAAUACUGUAGGGUGGGUAUAUUACUUCCUUUCCAUCCCCAUCCAACACAAAAUCACAGGAUAAGUUAGAUUCCAAUUUAGUAUACAUUUCCUAGAUCUAAUAGUUUAAAAUGUCUGCAAGAUUAUUCCAUAAGGCUAACAUUUGUGAUCUAAGCAUGUGAUAGGACUCCGUAAAGCCAAAUAUCCAGUUGUGAGAUAGUAUAUUCAUUUUUUAAUAUAUUGACUCAAUCUACUCAGUUAAGCACACCUAAAUCCAGCUGAUCUCAGUGGGACAAGGUUAGGCAUGUGCUUAAGUCACUCACAUGCAAAUCUGUAGGAUUUAAAAGUGCUUAUUUGAGGUAGUUGCCCCCCCCCCAGGUUUUCAAAGGACUGUAAUUUAAUGCUGUAGGCAAUGAGAGGCAGCAUUUAGGAGACUGGCUGACUGAAUUUCUCAAUAGUACUACUCAGGGAGGACUGCUAAAUGUCACUCUAGUAAAUUGAUUCAUAAUGUCAGCCACCAGUAUGAAACUUCUUCUUUUUAAAAUUACUAUGACUGAAAACAAUGAGUAUGGCUGACAUGAGGAAAAUUACUUAGAGCCGCUCCAUUAAAAUUAAAAGUUAGGCAAUGCUAACAUUGUUGCCAAUGGGGGAAAACUCCAAAAGUGCCUCUUGUACAUCCGCAUGAUCUUAACAGCGUCGAGGCCACUUUGAAAUAGCCCUGGGGUACUGCAUUACAAUUCCUUAACACUGCCUAUCAGGUGGGCCAUUGUGACUACUUUGAGUAAUUUUCUGAAGAAAAUGAUCUCAGUCAGUGUGUUUUAACAUGCAAAAUAUUUUAAACUUCCUGUUUAUCAUGACAACUGCUGAUAAACUGCUGGUUAAAAUAUACUAUUCUAAGAAGAGUUUUCCAAAUAUCUACUGUAUGUAUAGAUUUUAUCACAGAUGUGUACUCUUGUAUUUGUGCAAAUGUUGUAUAUUGCAAUUUUAUAAUUUCAGAUCUGGCAACUUGAUGUUUGUUAUUCACAUUGGCAAAAAAAAAAAAAAAUCCAGUUCCCAAUAUUCAUGUUGUUUCUUGUCUUGAUUAAUAAAGGUUGGUAAAGCCACACAGACUUUUCUCAUGGAAAUAAUGAGGUCACGAUCCAAAUCUUAGUGGUAUUUUUGUGCUUUACUGUUGUAUUGUAGCCUAUCUAGAUAACACAAAACAGAAAUGGAUACACAUAACAUUUGCUUUAAAAAGUUUGAAAUAUCUAUCAUGUUUUGUAAAUAUUUGUAUUUACUGACACACCUAGUAAAAACGGUUACAUAGAGAAGAUGAAACCGAAGCCCCCAUUUUUGUUAUGAAAAGAAACCUUAACAUUCAAGGAGGGAAUACAAAUAGCUGUGAUCAUUCCGUAUCAUUUCCUGGUAACUCAUACAGAAGCCUGUAAGCAUUACCUUUCCAUAUCAGAUCCAAUUCACACAACAUAUCAGCAUACGGUAGCUACUGAAAAAGCCCAACUGGCUGAUUUCCAGUUGAUUUCAGUUUAUCUAGUGAGCUGGCAGCGUGCAGGUAGCACUAAAGGCAGGCCACCCAAAACCACCUUAAGUGUGAGCUUGAUUGGAUUUAUCUUUUGGGAUGCCUCCAUUUGCUACAAGUCCACAGAUGCGCAUGAACAAGAGGUAGUGGUUUGGCACAAUGGAACCAUUUAACAGUUGGCACAGUUCAGACUUUUUUCUAAGGCUGCCACAUAUUUAUAUAGAUGUGUGAAUCAGCUUUAAAAUUUGGUCUCUGAUGAAAACCUGCCUAUGUAUGUUUAAGACUUUGGGCAAUGAUCUGCUUGAAAUAUCUCCCUUGCAAAAUCAAAGACUGAUGGGGAUCUGGCCAAGAGCAUACCCCUUAUGCUCGCAACACUGAAAACUCCUUCCACCAAAACAUUUUUCCUGUGUGCCUUUAAGAAGUAGAGGCAGCCUUUUACUUGUAAUGUUUAGUAUAAUUUCUACUUCCUGUUCUUUCAUUUCUGCAGUUGUUAUUGUUUCUACUAUUUUCUGCAUCCAAAACUUUGUUCCCUAGUCCUCACUCCCAAUCUUUUCUGAAAACAACAAAAUAAGAAAUAGUAUGCAUCGAGAAGACAAAUAUUGUUUGUAAUUUAUAUUAGGAAUUGGCAACUGGGUGAUGAGAAUUUGAUAUUUAAGUGCAGAAUUAGGGCCCCCCUGUUUAAUGGCUUAUGUUCAAGUGUUUGCAAGUAAUCAGUUAGGAAUAUUGUAAUUACUAGCCACUUGUACAAAAUAAUGGUUUUAUAUGUACUUCAUUUAAAUAAACAGUUUUUAUACAUUAAAA